CGACGGUCUGGAACUUCCUAGUCAUGUCCCUCCUCAUUCGAUUCCUCGCCGACCCAUUCGCGUUCCGUACUAUGGUAUUCUGCACUUCCUCCCUUCCAUACCUUCUCGCUUCCUUCCAGACUGUCAAAGACUCUAUACUCGCAGUCGGUCCUGGGAGACGUACUCUCAACCUUCCGCCUGUCGAGGGACUGUUCCAGACGAUAGGAGCUCCUCGAUGACCACGAAACUUUCAGUUCAAACUCUCCACCUAAUCUCCCUCUGUCCGCGGGGGUUGUAGCUGUUGAUCAGCACAUAAAUACAAUAAUCAUACAGCUAAUUCGCACUGGGAUAUAUGUUGAGCUAAUAAUAUAACACGUUCCUCGGAGUAUACCGGGACUUCCUCGC